GAGAUAGAGCCUUGAAUUUCAGAUGCUUUUUCUUUUGGAGAUGGAGGAUGAGAGUGAGGGGGAAGAAUGGAGGAAAAGAGAGGGAAGUCGGGUCAUUGUACAUGCCCCUACCCCAAUAACUCCUUUUCCUUUCAAAUAGCAACACUGAGACACCAAAGGGCCCUUCUCAGAUUUGAUCUCCCUUCUCUGACCUAUCCAAAAUCUGCACAGAAAAUGUAGUUGAGGCCUGGCUCAGGUUUGCUGCACUGAUCAGACUAUAGAAUGUUGUAUAUAUUUUUACAAAUGACUGAUAUGUUCUUUAAUUUUGAUGAACUGCUUUUCCCUCUUUUUAAUUUGAAAGUAGAGGCUGAAGAUAGGAUAUAUUCAGAAAGGGAAGAUCAGAUCAAAAGAUUUCAAUAAUUGCUUUUAAAAAUGUUUCUUUCCUAUACUUUGAAUCAGGGCCAGAUACCUGAGUUCUGUCCCCUUACAAAGGCAAGGAAAACAAUUUUCACUACUGAUGCUCACGGUGGCAAAGAAAAGGAAGAAAAAUAUUCAACAAAUAAGACAGUUUUGUAUCCAUUUUUGAUUAUGUAAGGAAGUCAACUUAUUGAUUUUUAAAAUACUUUUCCAUGUUUGCAGGAUUCAUUUUCUUUCCCUCUCCUUUUCCCUCCCCUCUCCCAGAGCCGAUAAGCAACUCCACUGGGUUGUACAAAUGUUAUCCCUUGAUACUUAUUUCCAUAUUAUUCAUUUUUGCACUAGAGCUAUCUUUUAAAGCCAAAACCCUGAAUCCUAAGGCCAUAUUCAUUUAAAUAACUUUAAACAACGACCAUGAAAAACUAUUUGGAGGGUCAAGUCCAACUACCAAACUGUGCACUGGAAAUGCGAAGUAUUGUUUCCAGAAUUUCCUUAAAAUACAAGGAAGCAUGCAGCUAAUGGGUGGAUCUCAAAAGAGGCAAGAAUGCAAAACACUUUAACUUGCCAAGAGAAAGCUGUAGGCUGAAAUUGGCUGAGCUGAUGGGGGAAGUAGCUAGGAAGGAGGAAGGACCAGUUCUCAGUGGGAAUGCACUGGUUGAAGCCCUUCCUGACUGAGGACUUCACCUGGUCUACUUGUCUUCAGAGAUGCCGGGACUUGGCCAAAGACCACUGACAUUUCAAACACACAUACACGCGCGCGCGCGCGCGCGCACACACACACACACACACACACUAGCCUACACAUUCAACUACCUUUUGCUGUUAGGGUGCCCUCUCUCUUGGUCCAUGAAGAUGGGAGUCCACAUACAAUGCAAGGACCAUCCUUGAAGCUGUGCCAGGUGACCACAGGCUUCACCCCGGGGGGGUUGGGAAGGAUGCCAUCACCGCCUCCUGCCAGGGAAGCACACACGUGGUGACCCGUUUGGGGCCGGGUUCCCAGCUCCGGGCUCCUCCUCCCGGUCCGUGCUCCCCUCACUGCAGUAUCACGUGCGCCCGGGCCGGGUGCAGGAUGGCGGCGGCGGCGGCGGCGGCAGCAGCAGCAGCGGCGGCGGCGGCGGCGGCGGCAGUGGCUGGUGCCAGUCUCCGGUGCUGCUGCAGCCGAGGCGCCGUGCUUUUGCUCUUUUUCUCCCUGUCACCUCAACCCCCGGCCUCGGCCGCCUGGCUGCUGGGGCUGAGGCCGGAGGACACCGCGGGUGGCCGCGUCUCCCUGGAGGGGGGCACCCUGCGCGCUGCCGAGGGGACCAGUUUCCUCUUGCGGGUCUAUUUUCAGCCGGGCGCAGCGACGAGCGCGGCGCUGCUCCCUGCUCCUACCCGCUCCUCGGGGGACAAUGGCACCGGUGAUUGGGCCCCGAGGUUGGUGUUUAUCGAAGAGCCCCCCGGAAGCGGCGUCGUGGCCCCCAGCGCCCUCCCGAGCCGGCCCCCGGGGCCUCAACGGUGCCGCGAGCAGAGCGGCUGGGCAUCGGACGUGGAGGUGCUGGGUCCUCUGCGGCCGGGCGGCGCUGCUGGCUCCGCUCUGGUCGAGGUGCGGGUGCGAGAACUGCGCAAGGGGGAGGCGGAGCGAGCCAACACCGGAGGCCGCGGGAAGCUCUUUUCGUUGUGCGCCUGGGACGGGCGCGCUUGGCACCACCACGGCGCGGCAGGUGGCUUUCUUCUAAGAGUCAGGCCGAGGCUGUAUGGCCCAGGCGGAGAACUGUUGCCCCCGGUCUGGCUGAGGGCUUUAGGUGCAGUCCUGCUGCUCGCCCUGUCGGCCCUUUUCAGCGGCCUGCGCCUGAGCCUGCUCUCACUAGACCCGGUGGAGUUACGGGUGCUGAGGAACAGCGGCUCGGCUGCCGAGCAGGAGCAAGCGCGCCGGGUGCAGGCGGUGCGGGGCCGCGGGACGCAUCUGUUGUGCACCCUGCUAUUGGGGCAGGCCGGAGCCAAUGCAGCCCUGGCAGGUUGGCUGUGCGCCUCGCUGCCUCCGGGCGUCGGAGAUGGAGGAGAAGACUGGGGCGGGGGAAGUCACUUUCCCUGGCUGCCCACGCUGCUAUGCACAGGCGCCGUGUUUCUGGGCGCCGAGAUCUGCCCUUACUCGGUGUGUUCCCGCCACGGGCUUGCCAUCGCCUCACACAGCGUCUGCCUGACCCGACUCUUAAUGGCUGCUGCCUUCCCGGUGUGUUACCCGCUCGGCCGCUUACUGGACUGGGCUCUGCGCCAGGAGAUCAGCACCUUCUAUACCCGGGAGAAGCUGCUAGAGACGCUGCGGGCCGCAGACCCCUACAACGACCUGGUCAAGGAAGAGUUGAACAUGAUCCAGGGAGCCCUGGAGCUGCGAACUAAGGUGGUGGAGGAAGUACUGACCCCUCUGGGGGACUGUUUCAUGCUCCGCUCCGACGCAGUGCUCGAUUUCUCCACCGUCUCCGAGAUCCUGCGCAGCGGCUACACGCGCAUCCCGGUAUAUGAGGGCGACCAGCGGCACAACAUCGUGGACAUACUGUUUGUUAAGGACUUGGCUUUUGUAGACCCUGACGAUUGCACCCCUCUUCUCACCGUCACUCGCUUCUACAACCGGCCCCUUCACUGCGUCUUCAAUGACACGCGGCUGGACAUGGUAUUGGAGGAGUUUAAGAAGGGAAAAUCACAUCUAGCCAUUGUCCAGAGGGUGAAUAAUGAGGGCGAAGGAGAUCCCUUUUAUGAGGUGAUGGGCAUCGUUACUCUAGAGGACAUCAUAGAAGAGAUCAUCAAAUCCGAGAUCCUGGAUGAAACUGACCUUUAUACAGACAAUCGGAAAAAGCAGCAGGUUCCUCAUCGGGAGAGGAAGAGACACGAUUUCUCUCUCUUCAAGCUUUCAGACUCUGAAAUGAAAGUGAAGAUUUCCCCACAGCUUCUGUUGGCAACACACCGAUUUAUGGCCACAGAAGUGGAACCCUUUAAGUCUCUGUACCUUUCGGAGAAGAUCCUGAUUCGACUCCUGAAACAUCCCAACGUAAUCCAAGAGCUGAAAUUUGAUGAGAAAAACAAGAAAGCAUCGGAACACUACCUCUACCAACGCAACCGGCCUGUGGAUUAUUUUGUGCUCCUUUUGCAGGGUAAAGUAGAAGUGGAGGUUGGUAAAGAAGGUCUUCGCUUUGAGAAUGGAGCCUUCACUUACUACGGUGUGCCAGCUAUCAUGACCACUGUGUGCUCAGAUAAUGAUGUGCGGAAGGUCGGAAGUCUGGCUGGAUCCUCCGCCUUUUUGCCUGUCUCAGUGUCCCGUACCUUCGCCUUCAGCAGAGGGGAAUCCUUGGCAGGCUCCCCAGUAAACCGAUCCCCUUCUCGCUGCAGUGGGUUGAACCGCUCUGAGUCUCCAAACCGAGAGCGCAGCGACUAUGGGGGCAGCACCACCCAGCUGUACAGCAGCAACAACCUCUACACGCCUGACUACUCAGUUCACAUCCUCAGUGAUGUGCAGUUUGUGAAGAUCACUCGACAACAGUAUCAGAAUGCACUCACAGCUUGCCACAUGGAUAGCUCCCCUCAGUCUCCAGACAUGGAGGCCUUUGCUGAUGGAGAUUCCACCAAGGCACCAACGUCUCGUGGAACCCCGCAGACCCCUAAGGAUGACCCUGCCAUCACCCUCCUCAAUGAUAGGAACAGCCUUCAAUGCAACCGAUCCAAUGGGUUGAGGAGCCCUAGUGAAGCAGUGUGCCUGAAGAUGGAAGAGAUCCCCUUCGUACAAGAGGAGCUGAAUGCCGAGGAGAACAGAAACCCUCAGUUUAUGCUUCCAGCCAGUGCACUUCCAAUUAGACCAGAAACAGACAGUGAAUGCUGUAACCUCAUCUUGGACUCUGAGGACCCCAACCUGGGGAGUAUGACUAGCCCCUCCAGCAGUGACUUUGAGGAAACAUUGGGCAAGAAGUUGCUGAGAACUUUAAGUGGUGGGAAAAGAAAGAGAUCACCAGAUGGGGAGAGGACCCCUGAGGAGAAUUCCAAUUUAACACCUCUCAUCACAUGACAGGAAGUAAUGCUUGGACAUUAGGUGGGUGGACGGAUUUCCACCUACUUUGUGGAAGACCAUCCUUCAAUCAUCUCCUCCACCCCUAGAGACCUGCGAAAGGCAAUAAGGCACCAUGUUUUCUUUCCAUGUUUCCUAGCUGUCAAUUUCAACAGAUAUUUCCUCUCACCUCCAUUCUGGCUCAGAGCCUUGCUUAUGUUGUAAAGGAAACCAGUGCCUUGAAUGGAACAUUAUGGAAAUGGUUCUGACACCAUCCAGGAAAGAAGUGACCACAGCUUACCAGCAUCCCCUUCAAGACCCAUCUCUUCCAGCUCCCUGGUGGAUCUUAGGGAUCCCUCGGUGCUGGGUUAGGCCAUCUGUUUUCACUUCAGCAGCCCUUUCUCUAGGACAGAAAGCCAUUGUUGACCCAACUGGAACAUCUGCACAUGACUCAGCUCUGGGUAAGCCAGAGGACAGAGAGGCGGGUGAGAGAAUUGGCCCAAAAGAGGGAAUAGAAGAUGAAGGUUCAAAGUAUUAUUUGAUUAUGUGUGUGGGUAUGUAUGUGUGUAUAUAUACACACAUACAUACCCACACACAUGAUUUUAUCUAUCUCUACAUGUGCACACACACAAACAUAUCCACAGUCUUCGAACCCCUUCCAGUGAGUGGUCCAUUUCCUGCUCAAGAAGGAGUCUGGUGGCAGAGGCAUGCAUGUAUGCAGCUAGUUUGGGGAAUGGUAGAGAAGGUUCCUUAAGUAACUCCAGGGAUAGAGAGUUAAGACUGAGUCACACCCUCUCUAUACCUUGUGCAGUACCCAGAAGUUACCAAUCAGUUUAUAGGUCUAUGCUGGAAGACAAAUUACUAUGGAUCAGCCAAAUCCCAGGUGGAAGCCAAGAGAUGCAAUUUCAGCCAUUAAGGAAAGUAGCAAGAACCCUGUGAAUAAUUAUGGAAAUGAGUUUUAACCAAAGAGUGCCAGGUCAGUCAAAGAGAAUGAAUCAGCCUGUGUUUCUUUCUCAAGGAACUGCAGUGUGCAUCCCCUAGAAUGUCGGAGAAUCAUUUCUCACACUCUCCCUCCUUUCCCCACCCCUCUUCCUUACUGCUAGACUUGCUGGCCAGCUUAGCAGCCUUUCUCAUUUUCUGCUCUUUCUCAAGGGAUGCUGAGGAAGGGGCAGUUUUCAGAAAUAGCCAUAUGGUUGCAAUGAUUAUAUCUUGAUAUGCCCUGGCAUCCCAGGUCAGAAAUACUUGUGCCUAUAACGAGGUCUUUUGUCUUUGGUCCCCUUCUUCUGUUUUGGCCCAUCUCCUACCUAAUUGUUGUCCUAGGGGCCUGGUGCCCUCUAGGAGGCCAGAGUUCACCCCCUCCUUGAGUGCUUCACCAGUACUAGCUCUCCCCAAGUGUCCCAUUUUCCAGAAUUGCUUCUUCCUACUCCUUUCCCCACUCCAGCCAUCCAUUCAAAACUUUUCUUCCCUCAGAGAUGAUCUCAGCUGAUUGAAAAGAGGACAUCAGUCAGAUUUACUUAGUUCAUAUGAAAGCGUAAAUUGCUUUUAACUAUCUUAAAAAGGAUGCUAGUCAGCUAAAUGAUGGGUGAUGGUUAGAACUCAGAAUCCAUUGGGCAAAGUGAAGGGAAGAAUUUCAGUCACUUUGAGGAAGAGACUGGAAAAGGGAGGUUGUCUAAACAUCCCUUAAAUCACACCAAACAACCACCCACUUUGCCCAAGAAUAAAUCCAGCCCUUCCGGGACCUUGGAGACUGUCAGAGACUCUGAGAAAUACCAGAUUACAAGCCUGUCCACUGCCAGACUCCUCCCUCUCUCUUUCCUCAAACUAGAACCAAUUUCCCAGUGGAGUUGGCCUUAUGAAAACCUCACUAUAAGUGAAGUGACAUGGAAUUAGGAGUCUCAGUGUGUGAGCUAUGGCCCUACCCAGUGUGGCAGUGACCUUCCCUUCCAAGCAUGGCCAACAGCCAAGUGGUGCAUGACCUGGAAUAAACCCUUUUGCCUCAUAAGAAUUUAUGUAGUUGUCUUUUCAUUAUCCCAGUGCUUUCAGUGCCACUGGCCAGGAGAAGUCCUUGUUUUGGUCUGUCAGAAGGUUUGAGUCAGAGCAGCUAUUUACCCAUUCUUCUUACCUAUCAUGCAUGGGCCACAAGGAUCUAGAUCUAGGCCACAAAUUCUUUCCCUUCACACACCAUCCACCUGGCUCCUCACUCCUUCCUUCCCUUCACUGCUCAGGCCUUAGGGCCCACUCUUGGCUAUGCUUCUACCCUAUUGAAGAGAUCAGAGGGAGAGCCUAUCAUCAAUACCCCCACACACACACUCAUUCCUCACUCCCAACUUCCUAGCCAAUAGUACAUUUUUCUUCAGGUAAAAGCACUCUGUGAAAAGAUUUUAGACAAAGUAUUUAUGAAAGGUCAAAUAAAUUGUAAAUAGUUUUUAAAUAAAAUGGAAAUGCCUUCAA